AAAUGACAGAUGUUUCUGGGAAGUACAAGAUGGAAGAGAGGGGUUACGAAACCGAAGAAGGCACGUUCUGUGAAAAUCUUAACUCUCACUAUAGAAGGUCCUUCAAUCAGGAUCCGUUAAAAAAUUCUUUUGGGCAAAUGCGGCAGAGCCGUUAUGGAGCUAAUAAUAUUAAUAGUAACCAAUUUGAGCAGACUUAUAAAUCAUUAUUAAUAAAAAAUGUCAGCAGACCACAUUCUUUAAGUAGCAAUUGCGAGGCAACUUUUGACACGUCAUUAAUUCAAUUAGAAAAAUUUUUAGGAAGUAAAACAGUAACAUCAGCACAAAUUAAACACGAUU